AUGACGAGUCCAACAGACAAGAAGAGACAGACGGUCCACCUGGACAUGGAUCCCCUGCUGAUGGUGCUGCUGUUGCUGUGGAGCUCAGGACUCCAGGCUGAAGGAAAACACAAAUCAACUGGACUCUGGGCUGAAGGAAAACGCAACUCAACAGGUGCUCACUGUGAAACCACAGCCAAGGCUGACAUCAUGUUAUUGGUGGACGGCUCCGGGAGCAUUGGUCUCCACAGUUUUAAUUUCUUAAGGUCUUUUCUUGCUAGACUAGUCAGCGUCUUCAAUAUCGGCCCAGACAGAGUCCAGAUUGGUCUGGUUCAGUACAGUGAAGACCCAAAGACUAAGUGGCACCUGAACACCCACCAGACCAAAUAUUCCCUGCUGAUGAACACAUACAAUCUGCCAUACAAAGGAGGAGGCACUAUGACAGGACGGGCUCUGGACUAUAUCCUCCUUAAAAACUUUCAAUCCAAUGUGGGAAUGCGAGCAGACUCCCAAAAAAUUGCUGUCUUGAUCACUGAUGGAGAGUCCCAGGAUGACACAUUCCUUCCCUCACAGAACUUGAAGAACGCUGGAAUCGAGGUCUACGCUAUUGGAUUAAACGAUGCUGACAAGAAUGAACUGAGAUCCAUCGCCUCCGAUCCUGAUGAAAUUCACAUGUACAUUGUAAAGGACUUCUCAUCUCUAAAGGACAUCGUUGACGGCCUCACCAUCAGCAUCUGUAACAGCGCUAAUAGCUUAGUGUUUGCCAGGCUGGUGAAUGGGACUGGUCUGUGUUCAGGACGACUGGAGGUGAAGUCUAACCAGUCUAACCAGUCGUGGUCCUCAGUGUGUGAAGAUGACUUUGACCAGCAGGAUGCAGAGGUGGUCUGUAGGGAGCUGGGCUGUGGGGCUCCUUCAGUCCUCCAGGGGGCGCUCUAUGGAGAAGUGGAGGCUCCAAUGUGGACCAAAGAGUUCCAGUGUGGAGGUAAUGAGUCUGCUCUCCUGGACUGUAGAAGCUCAGGCUCAGAUGGAAACACCUGCUCAUCUGGUAAAGCUGUUGGACUCACCUGCUCAGAUCCUGUCAGGUUGGUGGGAGGAUCCAGUCGCUGUAGUGGAACACUGGAGGUGAAACGAGGAGACUGGAGACCAGUGGAUGGCUCUGACUGGACUCUGACGUCAGCAGUUGCCUUCUGUAGAAACCUGAACUGUGGCUCUGCUGUUUCAGCAGGAAGGAGAGAGGACUCCUCCAACAGAUCUGCAUGGAAGAUCAACUUUGACUGUGUUCACUCUGGAUCUGCUCUGGGAGAGUGUGGAACAUUAUUGUCCUGGUCUUCCUCCACCCUGGAGCUCACCUGUUCAGAUCCAGCAGCUUUUAUCAUCAGACUGGUCGUCCUGCCGCUGAUUCUGCUGUUGUUCAACACUGUCAUCUAUUUCAUCUUUAAGACCACCAGAGGGAAGAAGCCAGGCCCACAGGAGAACAUCGAGGUGGAUUAUUACAACCUCGGUGUUUCCAGAGCUGAAGGAGGAUCGGCUGAAGAGGAAGGAGCCCAGGCAGAAGAGUAGGACCUCCAAAGAGCUCAUCUCACAUCUAAUUAGAUUUCUCACCUGCCAAACAUCAACUCUGAAUGGAACAUUUCUUUUAAAUCCUUGUCAAAUGGCUAAAAGAAUGAAAGCAGGAAGAGAUAACUAAAGGUCUCUCCUCUCAGUCUCAAGUGAUAAUCCAACCAGGUUUUUGGAGCCCAGUUUCACAAGGAGUCAAGUCCAUUUUGAACAAUUCUGCACCUUGAGAUUUCGUUCAGUGGCAGUGUAGUAAGUAGUCUGACCGUUAUGUUGCAAGAUGGAAAGUAAGUACAUGGAGGUCAGGGUGGUGGAUGGACAUGUAGUGCAUCAGACUUUCAUGCAAGAGGACUUGUCACAGACCUACAAUGAACAUUUGCCUUUUUAAUAACAAAACAAUCUUUCCCAUGCCUUCACCAUCAUUUAUUUGCCAUCACCACAACUUUUUUUCUAAUCUUUAGCAAAUUUAUUGUGUCCCGAUGGCCAUUGGAGACAUGGAGUCCAGGUGGGCCUUGUUGAGGUUGUGCGUAGAAGGUCACCUGUGCCCGAUGUGGUGGAAACCAAAGAAUCUGCUAGUGGACAUCAGUGGUGAAAAAGACCAUUUAGUUGAAGAAAGAGUCCUUUCGAGCUCAAUCAGGAGACUCUAGAAACGCCAGCAGGACUGCGGCGUCUGUGGUCGCUGGGGUGAAAACUGUGUGUGUGGAGUUUGGGGUAGGCCCUGGAGAAGGACUUUCAGUCAAGCUUCUGACAGAUAAUCAGACAACUCAGGAGAGGGAGGCAGAGCUUAGCCCAGGCUGUUUCAAGCUGAAGAGAACUGUUGACUCAAAAUGAGGACAUUGUCAGAUAGUGGAGGAAACACAUGAAGGAACUCCUGAACCAGACAGAUAUGCCUUCUAUAGAGGAGGCAGAGCUUGAAGGAUCAUGGGAGGCCUUGUCCAUUUCUCUGGCAGAAGUCACGGAGGUAGUCGAAAACCUCCAGUGUGGCAAAACUCCAGAGGUGGAUGAGAUUCACCUUGAGAUGAUGAGGGCUCUGGACACUGUUGAGCUGUCUUAGAGUGCUUUCACACCCAACCCAUUAGGUUUGUUUAAAACAAACCUUGGUGGGUUUGUCUUGGUUCAGCAGUUGUUAACUGAUCCCAGACCGAGGCCACUUGAAAAGAAGGGUCUCGAUCCGCCUCCAUGGGGAGUCUGGGUCAGUUUGUCAUUGAUUUUACAUUGUUUGAUGGUAGAUAUGUGAUUUUACCAAGAAGCUAAAACACCAGUAAAUCAUUCAGAAGGAAGCAAUUAUAAUAUAAGAUCUGUAUAAUAUUCAAAUCAUUUGGUCACCAUGGUAACCUGCCAGCAACUAAGUGCAAGGAUUUCCCCUAUCAAUCAGACAAUUUGAGCAGUUCAAACUGCAGUGUGUUGUGCUUGAAUCCUCCGUGUACUUGGGUAGUUCAGAAAGUCCUGAACAUUCGGUACAAAGUCCUUUUCAUCUAGUCUCUACAUAUCAGUCAUUAUUCAUAACAUGAGCUCGAUUUGUAGUCUAAUAAUACAUAAUGCUUGUAAUCAGUUGCCCAUCAAGUCUAUAUGCGCUUUGGUUGGUUCAGUUAUUGAUCAUUAAUAGUCAAUUUGAGUGUGUUUCUCAUUUAUUAUUAGACAUAGUUGUCCUUGUCAGUACAGCCAAUGUUCGACCAUGCAUCAUAGCUCAUCUUGUAUUGUAAACAAAUAAAAUAUCUACAUAUA